AUGAUCGACAGCGUGCCUGAACUUUCACUUACACCAGCCAAUCAAGGAUUGUGCUGGCAAUUACGCCCACAUGUGGACGGAGCCAAUGAACUCAUUCCAAGAGGGACACCCCCUCCAGCGCUGAGCAGGCUGCCUACAGAGAACACACACAGCCGCCUUGGGACAUGGAUUCGAGACAUGCCCAGUGAAGGGAGUAUGCUUUUGCCAAGCUGGUAA